GCUACGAUGUGAUGUGACGAUCAGUAGACAGGUAACGCUCGCUCGGGUAACACUACGAACGCUACGCUGCCCCACAAGGCGACCCCACGCGAGCUCUCCAAACUGAGACGACUUUCUCUUCCCCGGAUAAUUAGUACCAACUUUCCCCCUGCCCACCACACCGACAUUCGAGACGGUAUCACAAAGUGAGAGAAAGUGUGGGAUUCUUGUUGGGAGAAAGUGAAAGGAGAAAGUUGGUUAAGAAAUUAGUAAAAGUAAAUAAACUACCGGAAAUAGUUUUAGAGUUGAUAAAUUAAACAUAAAUAAAUUAAAAAAGUAGUGAGAACGACAGUAUUACUGGAGACUUUUUGUGUAUGAAUGUUGAAAUAUUGUAAUAAUAGCAGUCUGGCUGGACGUCAUCUCCAAUAAUCAAUCAAUUUUUGACCCAUCGUGUGACUGGAUAAGCCCUCUCUUUACUUGAUAACUCAUAAAAUAUUUAGGGAAUCGCGUCACAAUAAAACUUAUACAACUCUCGUUACAGUAAUAAUAUUGAACCCUUCUCUAUGCACUUUAAAUAAAAUAUGCAAUUUUUUGAACUGAGCUGAUGCAAUUAAAAUGAAAUAACAGUAAUAAUAAUUAAAUAAAUAAGUAAUAAACUUUAUUAUGCAAGUAAUAUAACAAUUUUACAAUACAAAUAUUUCGAAAUUACAAAAAUUACACGUUACCUCCUUCCUCUUAAAAAAAUCUCAUCUAGUUUGAAACUUCUUCUUCCAGCAGCAACCAAGUAUACGAACUUAUACCUUGAAGAAAAAAAACUUUAUUGCAACUCUUGACCUUUGGAAUCUCAAUCAAAAUAUAAAUAAAUUAAAAAGUAUACAUUAAAUAAAAUACCUAAAAACUUAAAAUUAUCAAACUUUCCACACCAAAUCAAGAUUAACUCGAAGGAGGAAUCCAAUAAAAAUUAUUUAAUUCCAAAUAAUCUUCCCAUAAUUGAAGCUUUCAAAAUUAAUCUCAACACAUUUAAGAUGCCCCGAAGGAAGCAGAACUGCCCGAAAAGGAUGAAAUGGGAACUGGAGAAUGCUGAGGGUGCAGCGAGAGGAGAAGGAGGGGACAAAAAGCCCGACGGGGGCAAAGGGGAAAUGUCGGGAGGUUCGGAUAAUGACAAUGACAACGACAUGGGUUCAGAUUCAGACGAGUCAGUGGAUAAUGUACCAACCACGUCGUCUCGAGAAUCGUCACCCCCAUCGCCCCGUUCGUCCCACUCCUCUUCUCACAAGAAUGGAGGAGCCUCAGCAAUACUAGACUUUAGUCGGGGUCCAUGUGGUCCGCCAGUCUCUUCACCCCCUUCAAUGAUCUCACCCUUGACGACGCGGAAACACAACCGUGGAGACAAUACUGGAGGUGGCGGCGGCGGUGGCGGUGGUCGUGGCGGAAUGGGGGACUCACCCCUGGACUUGUCAGUAUCUCACAAAAAGCCAACCAAAGAGGAUGACGGUCCUCUUAAAAAGUUGCCAAAAUGGUCGCCAUCUUCCAUUAACGACUCGACCCCCACAAGCACUCCUCUCAUCGCCAAUCACCACCACCACCACCAGAACAGAGAACGCAAAAAUUCCUGGAAUGGAAACCACAGCCCGGACAUUAAAGCGUUGGAAAAGAUGUCAGAAAUGAGCCGGGGCGGUGGUGGUGGUGGGGCGCAGGACGGGGUUGGUGGCAAGUUGACGUCGCCAUCAUCAGGAAGAGGAAAUUCAGGUUCCAGUUCAUCCUGGCAAGCUCAGUGGCUCGCUCAGAAUUCUACGGGUACUCGAGAAAUCUUUAAAUGUGUCGUGUGUCGAUCUACCUUCAACACGCUGGCCGCACUAAGCGUUCACAUGAAAGAGUCCAAACACGGACCACCCAUGCCAAAUCUGCCCUCACCAAAAAUGCCCCCACAGCAGUCUCCGCAACAUCCUCCGGUGUCUACUCCGACGGGAGGAUCCUCCUCCUCAGCGUCAGACUCUUCUUCCCUACUUCUCAAAGGUACGGGGGGAGGACACAAGGUCCUGUCCCCGUUUGCAAUUGCAGAAACAGUACAAUUACCAAGAAAACUAGUCAGAGGUCAAGACGUGUGGUUGGGAAAGGGCGCCGAACAAACGCGUCAGAUUCUUAAAUGUAUGUGGUGCGGAACGUCGUUCAGGUCGUUGGCAGAAAUGACAGCUCACAUGCAACAGACUCAACACUACACCAACAUCAUCUCGCAAGAACAACUGAUUUCAUGGAGAUCUUCCGACGACAAAAGUUCAUCAACAAAUUCUCAUGUGAGCGCUGUUCUCACCUGCAAAGUGUGUGAUCAGGCAUUUUCAUCUCUGAAGGAUUUGUCAAACCACAUGGUGAAGAAUCAACACUACAAGGAACACAUCAUGCGAUCCAUCACAGAGUCCGGGUCACGGCGUCGUCAAUCUCGUGAAAAGCGGAAGAAAAGUCUCCCCGUACGAAAACUUCUGGAGCUGGAAAGGGCCAGCCAAGAGAUGAAAAAAGAAAUUCGAAUUUCUUGUGAAAAAUGCUCCGAGAAAAUUCCAGGCCCACUUUUCGUCGAGCAUCUCCGCGUCUGUGGGACGACGAGUCAUAGUCACAGCGGCAGUGGUGCGAGCAGUGGGGGUUCAUCCCCUCUCAAACAACCAACCCCCUCCCCAAAGCUGGAUGGACAUACGGGCAGCCACUCCGGAAGGGAAAGCAGUGGAACGGGAGAACUUGAUCUCAGUCUUGGUGGAAGUGGAGGUGGAGGAAAGGAUAAAUCUGACAGCGAUAACAACAAGAAUGAACAGUCCUCAGCUAUAAACGCGAUUGAAAAAAUGAUUGAAAAGUCAUUCGACUACAGAUCCGCAGUGCGGAGUCAACCUUCAAAUAUUGGGCCUAGUCCACCCAUCGGCUCCAGGUCAGCAUCAUCCAUCAAUAUUCUGAAGCGACUCGGGAUCGACGAGUCUGUCGACUACACAAAGCCUCUCAUGGAGCACUCUGGCCUAUUACCACUUCCCCCCAGUGGGAAAUACUCAAUCCCCCAGUCUCGCCGUUCCCGAAGUCGGAGUGCAUCCUCUGACCAUUCCAUCUCUGAAGAUUUGACUCACAGGUCAAAGUCGAAUUCCAACUCGUCGUCACCCGCCCUGCCGUCAAAUGACAAUGACGCCGGCUCGCUAAAGUCACCGCUCAGCCUGUGCAACAACAACGUCCGGUCCAACACCAAGUCCCCUGCGAGCGACUCUCUGGGUGGUGACCAUUCCACAGAUCUGGAUGGUGACGCCAUUUCGGAUGAUAAUCAAAGCGAACACAACAGCAUUACUGCGGCGACUAACAAGCGGAAACAUAAGGCAAUCACGAAUAAAUCAGCAUCAUCGAAUAAUAAUCAUAGUAAAAAGUCACGGCAGAAGCAGAACAGUUUGUCCGCUCUGAGCUCAAUGUUUGAGUCGAUUGGGGGCAGCGGUGGUGGUGCGUCGGGUAGUCAAGGAGGGCGAGAUGGAGGAGACCAUAAUAACUCCAAUUCUAAAAAUUCUUCGGGAUUUCCAUCAAAUUCUCAUCAUCCUCUCGCAGCGUUGCAGAAACUUUGUGACAAAACGGAGAAUUCUCCCGGAAAUGGGACGGCUGGUGGGGGAGAUCGGGAAGGUGGGCGUGGCAGCGUUAAUUCCAGACCAACGAGCACUUCUUCCUCAAAUCCUCAGUCAUCUCCAGAACCAUCUCUUCUCGGUUUGAAUUGGGCUGCUGCAGCUGCCAACGCUUCCGCCGGUGAUGCAUCGGACGGGAACGUUUUCAAGUGUACAUUUUGCGACACGCCAUUUCUCUCCAAAGGGGCUUAUCGACUCCAUCUCGCCAAAAUGCAUUUUGUGAAGGAGUCAUCCAAGAGUCCGCACCAGGACUUGAAUAGCGCUAAUAAUAAGGACGGCAGUGGAGGAGGAGGAGGUGGUGCAAAUCCUUCCGGCGUCGUGGAACCCACCAUCAAUUCUUCAGACUCUCCUGCUUCGAAACUAAUGAAAUAUGCAGAGUUGGCGAAACAACUCUCAUCCAAAUAAUAAUCAUUACCAAACUGAGUUUCAUAAUUUGUGUUAUUAAUUAUUGUUAAUGCAGAAGGGGAGAAAAAACAUUCAAUAAUUAGGAUGAUUGAAUACUGAUUAUUAUUAUUAUUGAUUCAUAUACUUGUAAUGUUGAUCAAAAUAAUAAUAAUACUUAAGGUUGAGCCCCUUGUUUCUAUCUAUUCAAUUAUUGACCUUAUUAAGAUGAUGAUGAUGAUGACACACCAAUGAUGACAUUUGCUUAAUAGCCCAGAAUAAAAACAACAACCGCAACCACCAACCAACUUGUUACUUACUAUUAUCCAAGGUGGGUAGAUUAAUAAAAGAAGACUUUAAUAAUUAUUAUACUUAUUUAUUUGAGCUGUUUGUUAACUAUUUAGAUUAGCACGAUUUACCUUUUAAGUAUUGCAGACAGUAAAAUUAAUUACUACGAUUAGAGAUACGGUACAAAGAGUAAACUCGAAUAUACAGAAAAAUAAAUAAAAAAUGCGUUGAUUCAUUCCUCA